AUGCCGCAGAAGCGCAACUUAGAAAGCCAACAAGCGGAAAUUCCAGUUAAGCGUGCUAAAGUGGAACUUGCGAAGCCAGUGAGCCAGUCGAAAUCCAAACCUUUCCCAGGAAGUGCCCCGAAAACCCGUACUGCUGGCCAGCAGGUCUGGAAUGACGAAGAACGCUCGAGUCUACCAGCACCGACUGGUGUCUUCAAAGCUCCUGGACAGGUAGCGAAGCGCAUAGUAUUUGGCGACGACGAGGAGGAGGAUGUACCGUCACCUCCGAAGCAAACCCGGCCAGGAUCGAUCCGAAAAUCGGUCUCGUUCACUCCUGAAACAAAGCAGGAGGACACGUUCUCGGCGCAAUCUCUGAUUCAAGCCUGGGAAGCUGAAGAAGACCGCGCCGAGGCUGUCACAAGAGUCUCUACAGAGCCGCCAGCAUCAGUAUCGGAAGUGUCCAAGGAGCCCAAAGCGAAGAAGGAAAAGAAGAAGAAGCGGGUCAAAGCAUCCCCCGCUGCUCGUGUCGAAGAGUUCAAAUCCGAUGAAGAUAUCAAACCUAGUAGCGAAGAAGUACCCAGCUACGUCAAGUACCUUGAACAAUUCUCCCAGGACAAAACCAACUGGAAGUUCAACAAGAAUCGUCAGGCCGAUCUGUUCCGGAAUCUUUUCGACAUCGACCGCAUACCCUCGAGAUACAACCCCGCCCUCGUCCAGUACGUCUCCAGUACGCAAGGCCAGGCGCGGCGACGCAUAGCUGAGCAGGCGGAAGACGUUCUGAAGGCAAUCUGGGUCCGUGAGAACGACAACAGCGAUCUGAUGUCGCUGGACACACCCGAAGCUCGGCGUGCGGCGUAUUACGAGGCGCUUCAAGCCUCCAUCGAUCGAUAUGAGCAGUCUGGAGCCGGCAGAACCGAGUACGGCGACCAACAACUCAAAGAGAUCUUGCGUGAGCACGAGAAAGGCAAGCGAGCAGAAGAGAUGCUCUCAAAGGCACUACAAGGUGAACUUUGGCCAGAAGAGGCAAGCACGUCAGCAGCCGCAACCACAGGCUCGACGACAAAUGUCUCCGCCACGACACCCUCCACCUCAACAUCAUCAACAACAAUUCCGCGGGCCACAAGAGUCAUCGAGACUCAAAGAAUCGAAGGAGGACAGGUCACCACCCGAGAAAUCCACCUCACCAACAACAACGACAACAACAACAACAAGCCAGAACCAAAGCGCAAACGCAACCGGAAAUCGCGAACAGAUGUCUCCUCAUCCUCAGAUUCUUCGUCCUCCUCAGAUUCCUCAGAUUCCGCUUCCGACGACAGCUCCGACGACGGCACCAACGACAAUUCCGAAGAUGAUAGCAGGAGCAGUAGUGAUGCCUCCGCCUCCUCGCCAGCAUCGAAGAAGAAACGCCGCACAACUCCAUCAAAGACGAAAGCUGUUACGCCCACGCUGCCUCCCCUUUUCGACUCGGAUGUCUUGGACAAGAAAUUUGGCAAAGCGGAAAGACAUUCAUGA